AUGAAUCAAAAAGUGAAGGGAGCUAAUUCUUCUCUUUCCACGGUAUUAAAUUAUUUCAAGUUUAGUCAUUCUGAGACUAAACCCAAGAAAGUCCUCUCCAAGUUUCAGAAGGAGGAGAUCGAUGCCAUACUGCCGCCAAGCGACAUGAAUACCAUCGUAUUGAACCAGAUUACCAUGUUCCUAGCUUCAAUUAUAAAAAAAUACUCUCUUGAGACGAUAGGAGUGGCGGACAUUCAAGUGUAUUUAAAAGAAGUUUGUAAGAGAUCUCGAUCCACCAAAACGGUCGUCUUCCUGGCGGCCAUUUACCUGGAUAAGAUAUACUCCAAUUGGGAACCGAUGCUGGGGGAUAUUCCUAAAUUUGCUAGAUGUGUUAAGAGGGUGUUUCUCAGUUGUUUGAUAAUAGCACACAAGUUUGCCAAUGAUAAGACAUUCUCUAUGAGAAGCUGGUCUAGUAUUAGUGGACUGGGUAGAAAGGAACUGACCAUAAUGGAGAAGAAAUGUUUACUGGAAAUAAACUACGAAUUAACUGUCGAUAAGGCGGAGCUCUUGAGUUGGCAAAAUUCACACUGUAGGAAGGAAGAGACAACAGCCAUCAUAGAGAAGAAGGUUAAAUCGAUGCAGAAGAUCUCAUAG